UUGGUUUUGGUUUUGGUAUAGGCUAGGCGUCCCUGAGUGGUGCAAUGGUUAAUGAGCUCAGCUGUCAACCACAAGGUUGGUGGUUUGAGUCCAUCCAGAAGUGUCUUGGAAAAAGCCUUGGUGAUCUACUUCCAAACAGUGAGCCACUGAAAACUCUGUGAAGCACGGUUUUACUCCAGCACACACGGGGUCGCCAUGAGUCAGAACUGACUCGGCGGCAACCACCACCACCAACAUGUGCCUGGCACCGUGGUAGCAGCUCUUAUAUGCACUAUACGUUAAGUGUUUUAUAUACUCUAUCUCAUUUAAUCUUUACCAAGACUCGAUGAGGUAGGUUACUAUUCUACUCCCCACUGUAUAGACGAAGGAGCUAACUCAGAGAAGUUAGAUGACUUGCCCAAGGCAAAAUACCUGGGAAUGAGGCUGGAGUGUGAGUGUAUGCAAAGCCUGUAACAACCUUGCUGCACAGGUCAGCCACUGAAUACGUGAUGUUUCCUCUGUUCUUCCCUUACUAGGUCUGAUCGCUGCUAUAGCUAAAAGACUUAAGCUUUGGCCAGAAUGAUGGAUGACGACACUGAACUGAGGACUGAUGGAAACUCACUCCUAAAGGCCGUGUGGCUGGGGAGGCUCAGGCUGACCAGACUACUCCUGGAAGGGGGGGCCUAUAUCAAUGAAAGCAAUGACAAAGGUGAAACGGCACUCAUGGUGGCCUGCAUCACCAAGCAUGUGGACCAGCAAAGUAUCAGCAAGUCCAAGAUGGUGAAGUACCUGCUGGACAACAGGGCUGACCCCAAUAUCCAGGAUAAGUCUGGCAAAACCGCUCUCAUCCACGCUUGCAUUAGAAGGGCUGGGGGAGAAGUGGUCUCCUUAUUACUGGAGAAUGGAGCAGACCCCAGCCUCGAGGAUCGCACUGGGGCUUCCGCUCUGGUUUACGCAAUCAAUGCAGAUGACAAGGAUGCACUGAAACAUCUCCUUGAUGCCUGCAAAGCCAAAGGGAAGGAGGUGAUUAUUAUAACAACGGAUAAAUCGUCUUCAGGCACCAAAACUACCAAACAGUAUCUUAAUGUCCCCCCUUCCCCCAAGGUGGAAGACAGACAGUCACCUCCACCUUGCACGUCUCCCUCUGAUAUUGAACUGAAGGCUCCAGGCCUUAGCUCCCCAUCCAGUGAGAAGGAAGAUGGCUUCUUCAGCCUCCAAAAAGGGCAUCCAAGUGGUUGCAAUGCCUACAAGGCUCUUAACGAGCCCGGGUCACCCAACAGAAAAGUUGGUAACCUCAAGAGGGCCCGUUUGCCCCAAUUAAAGAGGCUCCAGUCUGAACCCUGGGGCCUGAUAGCACCCUCUGUGUUGGCGGCCUCGAUGCAUCAGGACGAGACUCAUAGUGCCAGCACAGACAAUGAGGUCAUCAGGAGCAUUUGUGACGUGUCUUUCCCCAAAAGGGGGCCCCUUUCCAGAACCAACAGUAUUGACGGCAAAGACCCCACCCUUUUCCCCACAGUCACGGAGCAAGUUCUGAAGAUUGCACCCCCUUCGGCACCCACGUCCUGGAAAGCAGCCUAUGAGAAAGGUCAGGCUCCCCACCCCCGUUUGGCCAGAAGAGGUACUCUCCCUGUUGACCAAGAGAAGUGUGGUAUAGGUCAACCAGGACCCUCUGUUCUCAAAGAUCCAGUGUCCCUCACACUGCUGGGGAAUGAUUUCUAUGAUUUAGAUUUACAACCAGGGGCUGACCCAUCCAACUCCAUUUCCCUUGAAUCAGGCAAAGGACCCUUAGAUAGAAAGAAGCUCAACAGCUCCCACUUGGCUCUUUUCCAUGGUUCUCGGGAGUCCCUGGAUGCUGUGCCCAGCACAUCCCCCAGCUCAGCGCGCCGCAGGCCACCACAUCUUCUAGAAAGACGAGGUUCUGGAACUCUGCUACUAGACCGCAUUUCUCAAACCAGGCCUGGCUUCCUUCCACCCUUAAAUGUGAAUCUGAACCCACCUAUCCCAGACAUUAGAUCUAGCAGCAAACCUUCUUCCCCACUUGCUAGCGGCUUAAAAUCCAUGGUUCCUGUGGCUCCAAGUUCACCAAAGAGAGUCGACUUGAGAAGUAAAAAGAAGCUCCUCAGAAGGCAUUCUAUGCAGGUGGAGCAGAUGAAGCAGUUGUCUGACUUUGAAGAAAUCUUGACCUAAAAGCUUUGUCCCAGAAAGCUUUUCUUUUUUAAUCUAUAUAGUUUAUGAAAAAAAAAAAAGUUUAUGAAAGGGACCCUAAUCUAGACCAGCUCGGCCAUGCGAGUUCUCUGCAUCCUCAUUACCCCUUAAUGUAGGUAUGUGGCCGCUUCAGAGGAUAUGGAGACAGGGUGCUU